UUCUAAAGCCUUAGAAGAAUCAUGACUGAGUUGACCCCGAGUGCCUCUGUGUAAAGGAGGUGGGCCAUCAUCGGGGCAGUAGGCCAGGGUAAAGGCUCUUAGCAAAGGAGGAGAAGCCACAGACUUUCUUCCUUAGUAACAUUCCAAUAAUGAUGUGUAUUCAGUAAGAUAAUAAAACAGGUUUGCACUUUAAAGUGAAUGUUGAUCUGAAAGCAGACUUGAAUUGCCGCCACUCUCUGUAAUUACCGCGUCUUGGUAAUCAGGACGAGUGUGUUUCUGUGCUCUGGUUUUCAUGAGGCACAGAUCUGCCCUCUCCAGAAGGCCAGGGUCCUGGAGAAAACUUCCAGCAGGUCUUUGGUUGGCCAUGUUUGUGCUGUUGGAGUGCCACCGCGCAUGGCUCUGCAGCUGUAGCGAAGGUCGUGAGACUCACGGAUCGUCGCAGGAUUGUGAUGAUUUGUCUUGGAGUCCUCUGAGACGUGUGCACUUCCAGCUGAUCAACUCUGGGAGUCGGGGGUUAAGGUGGAAACACCGAAAAGGAGUGUUUGAAAAAGUUGGUCAAAGAUGAGGUCAAAGCGUUUUUCUUUAUCUUCUAGUGGGCCUGUGUGUAAUAUUUGGAGAAAACGAUGCCUUUCUGUCUAGGUAAUUUUAUCUCCUAAUGUAAGGAAUGUAAAAGUAACUGUACAUUUAGUUGGAAAUAUAGAAAAGAUCCUCAAACAUAUAGUCUAAAAUAAGAAUAUUAUGAAUUGUGGAAAUUGUAAAUUACUAGAUCAUUCUUUGAGCCAUGGAUAAUUAGUUAGAGAUUAUUUGUCUUGUGGUGGGUCAAUGCAGACCUCCUAAAUUGGUGAAGCUCCUUGUCAGCACUGACUGUGUGCAGUACUGAGCUUUGGAACUUUAAGUUCAUUAGAUUUAAAAUUUUUUUUUUUGCAAUUACUAUGACAAACUUGUAAUCUGUAAGGCUUUAAAGUGAAGCACUUCUCACUACCCUUCCUCGGUGAUAGUUGUCCUGAGAGUGAUUGCUGAGCUGCUAGUGUGACUGUCACUGGCAGGAGGUGAUGCUUGCUCUGCAGGGCUCUGAGCAUCUCGACUCUCUGUCUUCGAUGGCUGGAGAUAACCAUGUGGAACAAUGAACAUUGUAAAUGACAUUCUUCUCAAAUGUUUAGGGCAUCCUUCAAUGUAGCUGUUCUCAUUCUUUUCUCACAUUGUGUGAUCCAUUUGCUCACAAAAGGAUGGCAUUUCUUACUUUGCAACAUGGCUGGUCACUUUUCCUGGCCUGUCACUACUCUUCAUUUCUCCUGCAGCCUGACCAGGCACUCAGAGCACCACCCACCUUUUUUUUUUUUUUUUUUUUUUUUUUUCCCAUUUUUCCUCUCUCUUGGGCUUAGUAUAACUGUACUGCAGGCUCUGUCUAGUCUCAAAUCCUGUGACAUCCUGGCUGCUGCAGCUCCUCUGUCCUCCUCAGCUUCAGAGCACUGCAAUGGCUUUGUGGUAGAAGGUAUUUUUUUUUUUUGUUUGUGUAUUCUAGAAACCAAGUUACCUUUACACAGCAAACUCCUUCAGGGUUUUCCAGUGAUCACCUCGGAUUGAAUAGGAAUGGGUUUUGUGGGUUCUGUGCUGUCCCAUGGAGUCAGGUAUGACUGUCUCCUACCCCUCCGGUAUUGGGCCAUUUGGCAUCAUUGGUGUGCUGCCUGUCUGCAGCAUGCAUGGCUGGUGGUGCUUCCUAUGCUAGCUCGCCAUCAGCUGUCUUGGUCUAGGUUGGGAGGUCUCUGGCUGAGCCUAGGAGAGGCUGUCCUGUUAAUGCACAGUAGGGAAAGCUCUGUGCAGAACACGUGGAUAGUUGGGGGGUGGGAGGGGAGGCAGGGAUUGUAGAAGCCAGGAAAGGCCACAGCUUUCAUGAUGUCAGUCUGCUCUGACCUUCUCUGAGCAGGCCAACUCCAGCUGGAAUCAGAGGUCGCUGGAAUGGAGCCAUCAAAAGCAAGAAAAGGCAAGAAGGGUUGGGGAAGUCUGAAAUGACUCAAGCGAAUGGGGGUGCUAGGUGGAGGGAGGAAAGGGACACAGGAGAAUACAGAACAGGAUGGUGGCGGCAGGUGGCACUGGGUCUUCUCUUGAGACGUGGCUGAGAUGGCCAAAGGAAGGCUGUAUCUUCAAAGUGAGAACUUCCCUUCUCUCCUCCUCUUUCUUUUUCGGGAUGGGAGACUGAAUAGUUUGGUUAUUGUUACAUUAUUUUUUUGACCAAUGGGGAGGAUUUAGUGGGGGUGAGGUAAAAUUAUCAGAUUGAAUAGGAAGAACUAGUAAGUUCUGAUAAAGAGUUUAUGUUAGUAGAUGUAGGUGGGAAGGAGGAGCAGAGGCAGGAGUCCGUACUUUGGGGCCACCUUUGUUGGUGAAGGCAGGAAGAAUUGGGGAUAAGGAUACCUCAGGUUUGGUUUGAGAAAGGGAGUCAGCUGGCACUGAGGAAAAGGACAGGGGCCCAGCCAGCUGCACUUAUGAAUUGAUCAUGGAGCAUGGAUAUUUUCUCCACUGUGGAGGCUGUAGUUCAUAGCGUAGUACUUCUUCAAUGGUAAAUGAGAUUUUUAGAGUGACUUCAUAAACAUUUAUGUCUAUUGCUAUUGUGUGUGUUACUCUUAGAGCAGGGCGCAGCAGACAGUGAAAGAAUGAAUAAUUGGUUUAGGUACACACAGCUUAUUGGGGAUGAAGACCCAGUCUGGUGCAUCAGAAAAUUAAACUCUGUUGUGUGAGAGCGUGGAUAAGUGCUGAAAUGCUUUGAAAGGUCAGUGCUAAACAAAUUGCAGUCUUUUAUGCUCAAGUAAUUUAUAAACUUUGAUUUUGACUUUUCUGUAGAAAUGGGGGCUAUUGAAGCUUUGGUACAAAUGAUGUUUCCAUUUAGAAAGAUGAGUGGAAUGUAUGGACCAAACUAAAAAGCAGAAAUGAAGCCUUUAAGUAGGUGGUGCAGAUGACCUUUGCCUAGACAGUUAAGACCCUACAACUUAAGUGUUUAGAAAAAUGCAUUAUUACUAUGCUAUGACAAAUAAAAAUUUACUUCUGAAUGGAAAAUGUGUAGCUUUGACCUCUGAGUUUAGAAGUUGAGAGACCUUACUCAGUACUGUAAUUUCAGUGGGUGAGAUUUUUGUAAGCAGCUUUGGAGUAUAGGUGUUUAUAGGGAGCUGAUAAAAUUGAACUUGUUUUGUGCGUCAGUUACAUUCAUGAGGGGAAGACAAGCCUAUAAAAAAGGUUUUUAUGUCAGUGAUGCAUCUGUGAUAAUCACCCUAAUUGGAACAUCAGCUCUCCAGAAGUGAAAUUUUUGUUUUGAGACUCUCUUGUGAUUGUUAAGCCUGAAUGCUCUCAACUUACUCAAAACCAACCUUGUUUGAGAAUUGAGUAAUGUGCACAGCGUGAUCUAUGUUCAUGAGCAUUGCAUGCAUUAAAAUGCCUUUCAUGUAACCUGUUCAUUAGAUUUUAGCUGACUAAAUACUGAUCCUGCUCAGGCCAUUUAUUUGAACUUUAUUACUUGAAAUAUCUGUUAAUUGGUUGCAUAUUUUUGUACUAAUGAGAGUGCUAUAACUUCUUGACACUCUAAAUAGGACAGGAAAAUGUUUGUGCCACAAUGAAACUGACAUCGAAAAGUCUCUCAGGAGUUCUUGAUUGACUAGAUGGAAAAAUGAUUGUAUUUAGAUCUUGUUGAAACUUGCUGUCUAGUCUAUGGCCACUCUUGGACCACAUAUAGGUUGAAUGAAAUUAUUGGCAUAGUAGAAGAAGAUCGAUGAGCCAAAGGAGUCCUGGAAGGACAUGUCCCUGUGAAGGAUUGUUCUCCCCUGACCCCGCUUCCUUGGAUUUCUGAUGUGGUCUGGCAACCCAGCCCUCUGCAUAUGGGCUCCAGAGAGAGCCUGCUGCUCCAGUAGCUGGCGUGGCCGUUUAUGAAUGGAAAAUCUGUGAUCUAAAAUAGCUUCAGAACCUUAUCUGCGUAGAUAAAUGUUCCUGUUAAUGGUCACUGUAACAAUAAAGAAUGUCUCAAGAUGGCCUUCUUAUCAGAGAGAACUAUUGAAAAGGCAGGCAUGUUGAAGUCUUAAGGGUUGCCCAAAAAUAUUUAAUUGUCAGCAAAUUUAACACAUGUAUUCAUUUGGAAGCGUAGUCAGUGAUUAGGGUAUAUGAUCAAGUGUUCAUAAUUUGCAGUUAACAUUCCUGUGAUUUACCAAAGUUUCAUUUUUAAGGUCACUAUAUGGUGAAAGUAGGAUACUAUACCCUUAAAAAUUUUUAGCCCUUCUUCUCCUGAACUAGGUGAUAGCAAAAAAUAAAAUAAAAUAAAUAAAAAUUCCAACUAUAUUACAUGCUGGCAGUUUAUUUUCCACCCCUAAGUUCUGUAAUUUCACCUUAGGAAAUUCAGAAAGAUAUUUGCUUAUCAUGGCAGUAUCUGCCUUGGAAUUCUAAGCCCUGCCAGUGGUGCAUGUGGAGAGAACUAUUAACACCCAGGGGCAUUCAGAUUCCUGCAGACGUGCUCCACAGUGAUAGUGGCACCUGCUGGUAGGGAGGGUGGAACCCAGGGACCUUUCUGUUGUUGGGCCUGGAGAUGAGCCCCGGGUCUGACACAAGAACUCCUGGCUUUGAAGCUUUCAUCUUACAAAAAUACAGGUGCUGUAGUGAGUUUCUUCUACUUAUUCCUGUGGUGGAGGUGGUUAUGUGCCUCAAUGGCUUUUCCUCCUUCCGGGUGCUUCUUGGUCACUCUCAGUCACUGGGGUUCUUCCUCUCCAAGGGUCAGUGGGAGGGGCUGCAGUGGUUUGAGGGCAAACAAGACAGACUAAAAGGCCUACAUUUUAAAAGAUUGUAGGGUAAUAAGUAUCCCCAACAAUAACUGAAGAGCACAAAGUUCAGAAAGUAAAGCUCAGUGAUUUGCACAUUUUUAAAAUUAGCAUUAUCCACUUAAUAAAAUUGGCCUUCGGCCGAGUGUCCCCCAAGGUCAGCGAGUGCGCGCUCCUCCUCUCCCGCCGCUAGGUUCAGCCUGGCCCAGCCACCAUGUCCAUCCACUUCAGCUCCCUGCUGUUCAGCUCGCGCUCCGCCGGCUUCUCCGGCCGCUGUGCCCAGGUGCGCCUGAGCUCCACGCACCCCGGUGGCUUCGGCAGCAGCAGCCUCUACGGCCUGGGCGCCUCGCCGCUGCGCGUGACCAUGCGCUCCGCCUAUGGGGGCCCGGUGGGCGACGGCAUCCGCGAGGUCACCAUCAACCAGAGCCUGCUGGCCCCGCUGCGGCUGGACACAGACCCCUCCCUCCAGCGGGUGCGCCAGGAGGAGCGUGAGCGGAUCAAGACCCUCAACAAGUUUGCCUCCUUCAUCGACAAGGUGCGUUUUCUGGAGCAGCAGAACAAGCUGCUGGAGACCAAGUGGGCGCUGCUGCAGGAGCAGAAGUCAGCCAAGAGCAGCCGCCUCCCAGACAUCUUUGAAGCCCAGAUUUCUGGCCUUAGGGGGCAGCUUGAGGCGCUGCAGGUGGAUGGGAGCCGCCUAGAGGCGGAGCUGCGGAGCAUGCGGGAUAUGGUGGAGGACUUCAAGAAUAAAUACGAAGAUGAAAUUAACCACCGCACGGCUGCUGAGAAUGAGUUUGUGGUGCUGAAGAAGGAUGUGGGUGCUGCCUACAUGAGCAAGGUGGAGCUGGAGGCCAAGGUGGUCGCCCUGAAUGAUGAGAUCAACUUCCUCAGGACCCUCCAUGAGACGGAGUUGACAGAGCUGCAGUCACAGAUCUUGGACACGUCCGUGGUGCUGUCCAUGGACAACAGCCGCUCCCUGGACCUAGACGGCAUCAUCGCCGAGGUCAAGGCUCAGUACGAGGAGAUGGCCAAGUGCAGCCGGGCUGAGACCGAAGCCUGGUACCAGACCAAGUUUGAGACCCUCCAGGCCCAGGCUGGGAAGCAUGGGGAUGAUCUACGGAAUACCCGGAGCGAGAUUGCAGAGAUGAACCGGGCCAUCCAGAGGCUGCAGGCUGAGAUCGACGCCAUCAAGAACCAGCGUGCCAAGUUGGAGGCCGCCAUUGCUGAGGCUGAGGAGCGUGGGGAGCUGGCACUCAAGGAUGCUCGUGCCAAGCAGGAGGAGCUGGAGGCUGCCCUGCAGCGGGCCAAGUAAGACAUGGCACGGCAGCUGCGUGAGUACCAGGAGCUGAUGAGCGUCAAGCUGGCCCUGGACAUCGAGAUUGCCACAUACCGCAAGCUGUUGGAGGGGGAGAAGAGCCGGUUGGCCGGAGAUGGAGUGGGAGCCGUGAAUAUCUCUGUGGUGAAUUCCACUGGAGGCAGUGGCAGUGGCAGUGGUGGUGGCAUUGGGCUGAGCUUCGGGGGAACCAUGGGCAGCAAUGCCCUGAGCUUCUCCAGCAGUGCGGGUCCUGGGGCCCUGAAGGCUUAUUCCAUCCGGACCACAUCCACCAGUCGCAGGAGCGCCCACAACUGAGCUGCCUCCCACCCCUCCGUUUCCCCAGCCACUGCCCACAGUCCCAGGAAGAUUCCCCUCCCUGCCUCCCAUGCCUGUUCCCAAGACCGCGAGACAGUCUGGAAAGUGAUGUCAGAAUAGCAUCCAAUAAAGCAGCCUCGUUCUGAGGCCUGAGUGA